AUGCGGUCAUUGCGCGAUCCGAUAGCAGUUCGUCGAACUCUCCCAGUUCCUAUCUCAGUUGUUUGGAUGAAAUGUGCUAUGAGCUUUACCUUGUUGGGCUACAGCUUCUCACUCAGUUCUCACCUUGCUGGCCCCGUCGUUGCUGCUGCGAUGCGGUCCGGUACCUCCGCUAGAUGGGGCGGGCCACCGUCGGGCACCGAUAAUUGGUAG